AUGGGGAGGCAUGGAUCUGUAGGCCACAGAGAAAUUGCAACCCCAUUAUAUAUUACUCUGAUGACACAAGCUUGUGAUAGAAGUAUAUUUAUGAGUAUUGAAAAAUCUAAUAUAUAUCUGUUUUUGCGCCAGUUCGACGAUGCCUUCGAAGGUAUUCGUAGUGUUUAUAAAAUAAGAAUAGAAAGAACGUUCCUUACUGACCGAGAAAUCAGUCGUAAUAUAGCUUAUUUAAAAAGACAACUUGGGAUAAAUAUAGAAAUGUAUAAAUUACUACUUUCAUUUUGUGAGCUGAACAACUUACCCAAAUCAGAUUUAACAUGGGAGAAUCCACUGGCUAUUCAAACACCUUUCAAUAUAGAAAAUAUGUGUAAUAAUUUUGUUGAAAAUUUUCAUAAUGAUAACAUAGAAGCUUUACCACUAAAGUUUUCUCAUAAUAAGUUUGCAGAAGGUCAAAGUGAAGGUACAUACAUAACAGAUGUAAUAAUGCCUCUUAUUCAAAGUGUACUAAAAAAACUUUCAAUUAAGAAACAUGUUUUUUUUAGCAUGACUAAAAGACAAAGUUUAGCCAGUGUUGAUAGAAGAGCAAUUGAUGGAAAACAGGAUAAAUGUCUUGAUAUUAUGCUUAUAGAAAAGCAUCAUGAAAAGUUACAUGUACUUCUAUUUGCUGAAUGUUCUUGCCUGAUUUGCAAUGAUAAUAAGAAAAAAGAGGAUGAAGUAAAAUUAUGGCAAGAAAUAAAUGAUAGAAUGUAUUAUGUUCACAAAACUUGUAAGCCUGAUAAAGAUAAAUUUGGAAUCAUAGGUAUACAAAUUGCGGAGAAUGAAAUGCAUUUAAAUGUUCUCAUUAAAGAUAAAAAUGACAUCUAUCAACUUUAUCAUUAUGUUGUGUUAAAAUUCUAG